UACUUAUUAUACUCGGUUUCGUCCUCUAUAUUAGCAUAAGAGACACAUGUAGUAUCGCGUAGCGCAUGCCAUUUCACACUAUUUUGAGAAUCAUAAAUUACUUUUUUUUUUUUUUGUAAGGUAGUUUGCCUACCAGCUCCCGUCUACCCGUACUUCAUUCGCUUUUUAGUGCCCCGCCGUUUCACAUCGUGCUCCCGUGUUAAAGUGAUAAAAUAUCAGUGAUUAACGUGUUAAAAGAUGCCUAAACGUAAACGUGAAAAGGAUAAAGAUAGUUACGAUUAUCUUUUAAAGAAAAUCAAACGGCUCGAGAAGAAAUUACGAUCACCAGAUCGUGACAAACAUCGUGACUCGUCGAACUCGCAGGAUGAAUCAGGCUGUGUCUCCUUUUCAGACACGGACCUUUUAGACGCAUGGGCGAUUCCUGAGGAUGAUGCCUAUCAUGCGUCACCGGCACAGCAAUACUCGGGGUCGGACCAGUCAGAUACAGGCUCCGUAACCAAUGAAGUUUCUCCGCCUGUGGCCGCAAGCUCGAAGCAUGCCGCCGUUGUGCCUCCAGCAGACCCGCAGCCGGCUCCCGCCGCGCCAGCUAAUCCUGCUGCAUCAGCUGCUCCUGCCGCGCCGUCCCUGGAUUCUCCAGCUACUCCCGCCAUCGAGAACAUUGACAAGCCGUUACCUGAAACAGAAGAAGAGUUAGAUGCUGAUUUGAUGGAAAUACUUGGUACUGAUCCCAAUGCUGUAAAACAAUAUGGAAAAGACAUACAAAAGGACCUGUCUAUUAGAUUAGAACAUUGCGCAACAAACGGGUUAACGAAGGAGUUGCGCAAAGAAUUCAAAGAGAGAUAUUUGACACCCGAUAACUGCAGAUUGAUAGAUCCUCCAGAAAUCAACGCGGAAGUCAAGGCCGCGGUAUCGGAUGUGGUAAUUAAACGCGACAAAGCUAUUGAAAAUAAACAAAAACAACUUACCUCCGCUAUAAGUUGCCUAAGUGAAGCUAUAACGCUCCUUAUGUCAAAUAAGGAGAAAAAUACACCUUUACUGAAACUUUUGAUAGAUUCAAGUAGAAUCUUAUGUGAUUGUCAACAUGCUGAUACUAUUACCAGACGGAAUUUCUUAUUGAACACCAUGAAGAAGGAAAUGAAGGAUCAGCUUCAAAAUACUAAAAUUGACAAGUUUUUAUUCAGUGAAAACUUAGCCGACACUUUGAAAUCGGCAAAAGCCAUUACUAAAUCUGGAGCAGACCUUAAGAUUCCGGCGCCUAAAUCUCAGGCUAAAAAGCCUAAUAUACCCCAUACAAAUAAAAAUUUAAACUGGAAGCCGGGCCCAGCUCGCAGGCAGCCGGGACCGUCACGAGCGAAGGAGCCUGCGACCUCGACACGUCAUCGGCCCAUGCACACCUCGAGGCCAUCGCAGCAUCAGCACUACAGGACGAGCCACAGACAUCGUUAACAACGGUAAUACCAGGAGGUAGAUUAGCUAAAUUUUAUACUCAAUGGCUAAUGCUCACAGAUGAUCCUCUAGUACUGUCUUAUAUCAAGGGUUAUAAAAUUCCAUUUUCUAAACCAGUUUCACAAUUAGUACCACCAAGUACAAGAAACUACUCUAAUCAAGAAAGAAUACAUAUACUUGAAUCUAUCUCAGAUUUACUGUCAAUUGGAGCAAUCUCACAAUGUGAAGCGCAAGACGAUCAGUUUUUGUCGCCAAUUUUUCUUAUACCCAAACCGAAUGGAAAAAUGCGAUUUAUUUUAAAUCUUAAAUCUUUGAACAAAUUCAUAGAUACAUCUCAUUUUAAAUUGGAGGAUUUGCGCACUGCUUUAAAGUUAAUUUCAAAGGACUAUUAUCUAAGUACAUUAGAUUUAAAGGAUGCUUAUUUCCUUAUUAAAAUACACAAUAGUGACAGGAAAUACCUCCGAUUCCAAUUUGAAAAUAAUAUCUUUGAAUUUAAUGUCCUUCCGUUCGGGUUAAACACUGCUCCUUUUGUUUUCACAAAAGUUAUGAAACCAGUAGUGAAGUUGCUAAGGUCAUGUGGUUACUUAUCUACCAUAUAUCUAGAUGACUUAUUACUUAUCGGCAAAGAUUAUAAGGAAUGCCUCACAAAUAUA